GCCGACGAGUUGAAGUCAAAUCAACGAACUCACUCCAUGGUGACCAGCCCGACGCCAGCCAUCCUCGCCUCGGUGCGCCGCGAGCACUGGCGCUUCCAGCUCCGUAAAUGGUACCAAGUCAUCGUCACGGUCGCGGGCUUUUGCGUCAUCCUCUUGAUCGCGGGCGACGCGACAGCCAACAACUGGGCGAUCGGCAACUUUCUGGGUGGCGGGUAUUUUUUUCUGACGCCAAUCGCGUCCGUGCAGUCGCUAGCGCAGCUCCGCGCCAAGUACAGCUUUGCGACGAACCUCGGCGUCGACAACUUGUCCAACUUGGGGCAGUGGAUGUCCAACUUUUCGGUCGUGCACAUGGUCACCAAGAGCGACAAGAUCUAUGUCAUUCAAACCGGCGACAUUCCGCUCACGCCCGACUCGGUGUUGUGCCCGAUCUUCGAGUCGACGUACGCGGUAGACGUGGCAGUCUCGAGCAAGGUCAAGCUCGCGCUGCUGUCGGAUGCUGUCACAUUCUUCCGGGGCAACGCCAUGACCCACUUCUUCUCGGACGAUACGACAGCGAACCUCGGCAAUUCGAGUAUGACGAGCGACGAGCUCAUAGAUCGCAACUACAUUCCGGGACGCACGACCGUCGACAAGCGUUUUACGACCGAGAUUGCCCUUCUCAACUCGAGUGUGCCCCAGACGCACCGCGUCAACUACUACCGCAUCUUCUCUCGGUCGUUCUGCUCGGGCUGCGACCCCGUCGCCGAGCUCGGGUACUCGGUCUGCAACAUGACCAUGGUCUACAACGACACGACCAAGACGCUCACAGUCACCAGCUCGCGCUUCCUGCCUGGAUCGAAUUACAAGCUCGGCUUUAUCAUGCCCAACAGCGCAUUCGGCCAAGUCGCCCUGGCGGCUAAGAUUACGGCCAUUGUGUUUGCCGUCUUUGGGUACCUUGCGAGCCGCCGCACGGUCCAGUGGCACGACGUGGACCCGACCAAGGCCGAGUCAGUCUUGACGCGCGCAGUCCGCACCGUGCUGCCCAAGGUCUUCCGGCACCAAAGCCACGCGCUGCGCUUUGAUAUGUUUUGCUACAACUCGGACAUCUUUGUGUUUCUGUACGCGGCGAGCGUCCUCAUCGACAUUCCCAACUGCCUCUUGUACAUGCGCAACGUCAACUUGUACACGAUGUACGCGCCGCAGUUUCUCUACUCGCUCCAGCUCUUUUCGCUGUCGACACGGCUUCUCUGGGUCAACUGCGCGAUCCUCAAGGGGUGCAAAAUCCUCUGGAACCUCCUCGGCGUCGCGACGUUCAAUGGCGAGAGCGUCGUCAUGCGCUUCUUCAACUGGAGCAGCGUCAAAACGCUGUAUGCCAGUGCGGUUUUACUCUUUUACGUGCCGCCGUUCAUCGAGUACAACAACUCGAUCACUGUCGAUGUGCGCAACGCGGUUCGGCGCAUCGACGGCAUCUGCGUCAACGUUUUUGAUGGGUUUUACAUGCGCGUCGCAUCAUCCAUCACCAUUGGCUUGAUCGCCAACGUCCUGCUCCUCACAGCGCUGGACCACGUGAUUUUUUCAAAAUUUUGGCGCGUCAUGACCAAAAACUCACUGGCGCGCCAAGCUAUUUUCAACAGCAGCUCGAUCCUAUGCGACUACCUCGACGACGUGACGCCCGAUACGUCCGUCAUCAUCGUGACCGCGCGCCGACUGAGUACGCUGCAGUGGUUCUUUACGAGCCACCUCGUGUGCUUUGGCUUGCCAGAGAAAGGGCUGCGGGCCAACAAGAGCAAAGCCGUCACCGUCAAGGCCCCGCAAACCUCGCCCCACAAGCCCUUGUUGUCGUCGUUGUCGGCUGUCGCGCCCGAUGAGAGUGCAGCCGCGACCGGUGACACGGGCUGCCGAGUCGUACAAGAUGGCGACCGCAACCUCUAUCUCCUCGACCACAAGUACACAGCGAUCACGAGCCUCGCGUUCAACAUCAAGAUUUUAAAAAACACCACCAUCACAAUCCAGUAG